AUGUUGUUCCCAUUCAUCGCCUCCGUCGUAGCGGGCGGCCUAUCCGUCAUCGCUGCUCGCUACCUCUUCGUCUUCGUCGUCUGGCUCGCCCGCAAGUCGCGCCACAUCGUGCCCACGCGCUACGCUGGCCCCGCGCAGGAGAGCGACCACGACCACAUCCAGAUCCUCGUCGUCGGCGAUAUCGGCCGCAGCCCGCGCAUGCAGUAUCACGGCAUCAGUCUGGCCAAGCACGGUCGCUACCUCACCCCUCCGCCCGAAUGGAUCGCAUGGGGUACCCUCCCUCUCCUGGCUAUCCCCUACAAGGUCAUCCACCAGUUCUGCACUCUGUUCUACACUCUCAUGUACGCCACGCCUCCGGCACGAUGGAUCAUCAUUCAGAACCCCCCUUCCAUCCCGGCCUUCCACGUGGCCAUGCUGGUCGCCUACAUCCGCGGCAGCAAGGUCCUGGUAGACUGGCACAACUAUGGCCACACCCUCCUACGCGAGACCCUCCUCCUCCGGCCCCUGGUCCCCCUGUACCGCUGGUACGAGAAGGGCUUCGGCCGCCGUCUGGGCGACGCCAACCUCGCCGUCACCGACGCCAUGGCCCGCCAGCUGCGCUCCCCUCUCUUCGGCAUCGAGACGCCCGUGCUGACGCUCCACGACCGUCCCGCCGAAACGUUCCGGCCCAUCUCCCCUUCGUCGACGGAGCGCCUUGACUUCCUGUCCCGUCUGCCCGAGACGAAGAAGGACGCCGGGGACAUCGUCGCCGGCGCCGUGCGCCUCGUCGUCAGCAGCACCUCCUGGACCGCAGACGAGGAUUUCGGCCUUCUCCUCGACGCCCUGAUCAAGUACAGCGGCUCUCCCGACCCCACCCGGGCAGGAGAGCACGGUGGCGAGCCUGCCGUGCCCAUCCUCGCCAUCAUCACCGGCAAAGGCCCCCAGAAGAAGGCAUACACGGACAAGAUUGCCGAGCUUCAGGACCAGGGACGUCUCCCGGGGAUCCGUAUCCUGACCGCCUGGCUGUCCACGCGCGACUACGCCACCCUCCUCGCCUGCGCCGACCUGGGCGUCUCCCUGCACAAGUCUAGCUCCGGCGUCGACCUGCCCAUGAAAGUCGUCGACAUGUUCGGCGCCGGUCUACCCGUCGCGGCCUACUCGGCCUUUGAGAGCUUCGGGGAGCUGAUCAAGGAGGGUCAGAACGGGUGCGGCUUCGAGACGGCAGAUCAGCUGGCCGAGGUGCUCCUGCGUCUUCUGAGCGACAAGGGCGGCGAGGAGCUCAGCAGGUUGAAGGAGGGUGCCGUCCGGGAGGGGAGCCUCCGAUGGGAUGACGAGUGGGAUAGGGUCGUCGGAUCUAUUCUGGGUCUGGACCAGAUAUAA